ACGCAAUAGUUUUGUUUCAGCGAUAAUAAAAGAAGUUUUUUCACAUAUAUUUUUGUCAAUUCAACAAACGUAAGGCGUUUUAUUGUUUAUAUAAGCAAUAGAUUCUUUGUUAUCGUUACCCUAGCAUUUUCAUUAUAAUACACUACCUUAUUAGACACCAUCAACUUAGCUUUAGCUUGAAACACUUUAGCUGUCAUGCAAGCAAAGAAAUAAAGUUCUGUGCAACUCUUUAUCCUUUUUUAUUCAACCCUCCUCAUCCGAAUUCCCUCCUCCUUUUUUUCUUUCUUCUUUCUCUCUUUUUUUUCUCAAUUCAUUACUGUCAGUAUGCUUGUAACAAAAGAUCAAUCAUCGAAGCCCAAGGUAGACUUCAGCCUGUUUGUCACUGGUGAUGGAACUGUAGUAAGCACAAAGGAAAGAGUCAUCAAAGAGGUGCCUGCUCCAGCAACGUAUUUGCCUACUGAAGAUCAGUUCUGGAGUAAAGAAAGGCCAGGUUAUCCCGACAUUCAUUUCCUGAAAGAGCACUUUUAUCGUGAGGGUAGGUUAACAGAAGCACAAGCAUUGUAUAUACUCGAGCAUGGAAGGGAAAUUCUCAGGCUAGAGAACAAUUUAUUGGAUAUACCAGCUCCUAUCACAGUAUGUGGCGAUAUUCAUGGACAAUACUAUGAUUUGAUGAAACUGUUUGAAGUGGGCGGUGAUCCAGCUGAGACAACGUAUCUUUUUUUAGGUGAUUACGUAGACAGAGGUUAUUUCUCUAUUGAGUGUGUACUCUAUUUAUGGAGUCUGAAGAUAUGGUAUCCAAACACCAUCUUCUUGUUGCGAGGAAAUCAUGAAUGUAGACAUUUAACAACCCAUUUCACUUUCAGAGUUGAAUGUCGUCACAAGUACACAGAACAAGUUUAUGAUGCUUGCAUGGAAUCAUUCUGUAGUUUACCUUUAGGAGCAGUAAUGAACCAACAAUUUCUUUGUAUUCAUGGAGGUUUAUCGCCCGAAUUACAUACAUUGGCAGACUUUAACAAAAUCGAUAGAUUUCGUGAGCCACCUACACAUGGACUUAUGGCUGAUAUUUUAUGGGCAGAUCCUGCUGAGGAUUUUGGAGAAGAGAGUACGAAUGAUUUAUUCUUGGAUAAUCGUGUGAGAGGUUGCUCCUACUUUUUCACUUAUGCAGCUGCUUGUGCUUUUUUGCAGAGAAACAAUUUACUUUCUAUCAUUCGGGCUCAUGAAGCACAAGAUGCAGGAAGAAGUGACGCCACUUCCUUUCCUGCUGUCAUGACUAUUUUUUCUGCACCCAACUAUUUGGAUGUGUACAACAAUAAGGCAGCGAUUCUCAAGUAUGAAGAUAAUGUGAUGAAUAUUCGUCAAUUCAAUGCUACACCUCAUCCUUUUUGGCUGCCAAAGUUUAUGGAUGUGGUGGAAUGGAGUCUGCCUUUUGUAGGAGAAAAGAUCACCAAUAUGCUGCUUGCCAUAUUGAACAUCUGUAGCAAAGAAGAAUUGCUAGCAGACGAGGAAGAGGAUGAAAAGAUGAACAAAUCAAACAUAGACGCAGCAGAAGAUGCUGAACAGCGCAAAAUGGUCAUUCGCAAUAAAAUACUUGCGAUUGGCAAGAUUUCCAGAGUUUAUUCUGUCUUGCGUGAAAACUCUGAAAGAAUUACUGAACUCAAGUCUCUGUCACCUACUGGAAGAUUACCUCUUGGUACUUUGGCAUUAGGAGCCGAGGGUAUUAAAUCAGCCAUUACUUCGUUUGAAGAUGCAAAGAAAGCAGAUCUGGAGAAUGAAAGAUUGCCGCCUUCUGAUGAAUCAAGAGAUGCAAUGAUACAACAAACACAUAUGAAGAUAAGAAGCGCUGUGGAAGACGACAUUCCAUUGAACGAAGUUGCUGAUGUGAUGAUGGAAGACGUACAAUAAUAGAAGAAAGUAAUUUAAUAAAGAGUUACC